GCAGCUGCCACUCCGCUUCCUGUGCGCCCCGGAGGCGGAGCCCGGGGAGCUUCCGGGCGGCGGCGCCCGGCGGGGAUGGCGGGGCUGUCCCGCACCGUUGGUAUCUUCGGUGGCUUCGUGGUCGUGGUGGCCGCGGUCUUUUACCCAAUCUACUUCCGGCCGAUGCUGCUGCCGGAGGAGUACAAGAAAGAACAGAGAAUAAACCGAGCUGGUAUCGUUCAAGAGGAUAUUCAGCCUGCAGGCUUAAAAGUGUGGUCUGAUCCCUUUGGAAGAAAGUGAUGUUGCUGGCUGGUUGUGUUGGAAGGCAAAUCUAGAGAUGGAAUCUUCAGCUGUUUCUUCUUUCACUGAAGUCUGCCUUUGGGUGUGGCUGGAGAAGAAUUCUGGACAUGCUCUGUGGGCACAUGAGAAGCAGCAAAGGUUGCAGGUUGGAAUCCCAAGAGAGAAAAGCAUGCUCAUUUUGACAGAGGAUGCUGGGGUGUAGUGCACAGACUGAUGGAAAGCUGAAUGAUUCCUGAGCUUAGAAGUGAAAGCCAAAUUUCCCUGAGAAAAGGGAAGAUAAAUUACUCUACUGUUGGGUUUGGUUUGGGGUUUUCUUUGUUAAUCUGUAAACAUCUGUAGAAUAAAUCAUGAGCAGAAUAAAUCAUGCGGAACACUGCAGUUUUCCU